CCCUUUCUUUUUCUCAAGUCACUCUCAAAGUCCCAACUAACAUCCAAAUUCAAUCAAUAAAACCAAAGCUAUCCCUCAAAAGCCAAAAGAUCAUAACUCCCCAGCAAAUUCACCCCCUCUCCCGGCCGGUUCUCUACUAUAUAGCAGCAUUCCCAGUAGCACCAUCUCCCUUGUUUCUCUUUUGCUCAAAUCAGCCAUGGACUGGUUCUCUUGGCUAUCCAAAACUGGCCUUGACCCUUCUCUUGUCUAUGAGUAUGGCCUUGUUUUUGUCAACAAUGAGCUGGAAGAAGAAGACAUAAGCUACUUCGAUCAUGAGUUCCUACAGAGCAUGGGGAUCUCCAUCGCCAAGCACAGGCUAGAAAUCCUCAAGCUUGCAAGGAAGAAGCGAGGGUCGUCGUCGAGAUUCUCACCGCGCUCCAUCUCGAGGCUCCUAGUAGCGGUCAAGAGGACCAAGAGGUAUCUAACCAAGUAUGUCCGGACAUGGGUUCAUCAGGAGAAAUCAGCACUUGUUGAGGUUCCAAGGCCAACUUACAGUACUAAAUGGAGAGGUGCAAUGUUGAAGAGAAACAGGAAGCUGACCUUGGCCAAUACGAAUAGUGAGCCGCCAAGGCUGCUUCUAACAAAUGGAAGUGCAUCAAUUGAUUAUCCAGUGGUCUAUGCAUUGAGCAAAGAAGACAAAGCGGAUGUGGAUGAUGAUGGGUAUUGGUCAAAUGGUGUUGAGGAGAUCAGGUGGGAUACAAUGUUCCAAGAUCUGAAACCAACAUGAAGUUAUUGCAGUUUCUCUCUAUAUGACAAAGACCCAAUGUGAGGUUUGGCUAUAACAGAAAGCCUGCAAAAGCGAAUCCAAGUUCAGCAUAAAGAGUGUAGGCUGCUUUGGAAUCCGUGUCCUAAUAAUGCAGCAUGGCUAUAGCUUUGUCCAAAUGGACAUACAUACUCUUC